AAAAAAAAAAAAAGGAGGAAACGGCGUGUGGGAAAACAGAGGAGGAGCUUGAGCUGAAAGGAAGAGAGACUGUGAAGGAAGGAGGGAGGCACAGACCUGGAGAGAGCCAGCAUGCGAGAGGACUCCAAACCAGCAACAAUAACAAGAAAAGAAGGAAAACCAACAACAGAGUCAGCCUGAGAGACAAAGACAGAACAAGGGUGACGGGAGGAGCUUCACCUCAGAGCAAUCCAAACAGCAGAGAUAAGGCAGGAGGGACGCAAAGUGAGUGUGAGGGAGUGUGUUUGCGCUGUUAUCCGUCUCCGCUCCAUCUGGGUGCCAUCUGCGUCUCUGGCUUUGGCCUUCACCGCACUGGAGCUCCCAUAUGUGGGAAUGCAAACACAUGCCUGACAUAUGAAGGCGUGGAGUCACAAGCAAAGGACAGAAGAAAAGCAGAGGAUAUACGAAGAGCAAACUCUGCCGCUGCAGCUGACUUUCUGCAGGGACUGAGGAGACUCUGCUAGAGGAGACUGUAGAGAGAAGAAGAGCCCUGCCAUGCCCGGUUCGCCUGUGGAUGCUAAGACUCAUUCCAGAUCAGCCCCCAGCAGCAGUGCCAGCUCCACUAUGCCACCCCUGCCUUCUGUCAACCCCAGUGGCCCUCGACCAGCUUCAUUUUCCACAACAGCAUUGUCCAAUGGGAAUCAUCAUUCCCCACCGACGCUGAAUGCAGUGCCAUCUCCACCACAGCGUUAUAGCAACGGACCGUCCUCCUCCUCAUCCUCCUCACUAGCUAAUCAACAGCUUCCGGCCACCUGUGGGGCUCGCCAGCUGAGCAAGUUGAAACGUUUCCUGACCACGCUGCAGCAGUUUGGCAAUGACAUUUCUCCUGAGAUUGGAGACAGCGUCAGAAGCCUAGUUCUGGCCCUUGUGAAUUCAACAGUUACCAUUGAGGAGUUUCACACACGUCUUCAGGAGGCCACCAACUUUCCCCUACGACCCUUUGUUAUUCCUUUUCUCAAGGCAAAUCUUCCCCUGCUACAGAGGGAGUUACUCCACUGUGCACGGGCAGCCAAGCAGACCCCAGCUCAGUACCUGUCCCAGCAUGAGCACCUCCUACUAAGCACCACUCUGACCUCUUCUCCAGACUCCUCUGAGCUCCUGAUGGAACCUCCUGAGCCAGGCAACAAGAGACACAGCCCCAACAGAGUUAAAGAGAACGGUUUCCAUGAACGCCCACCAGUAGCUUUGGAGCCUGCAGCAAAAAGGAUUUGCACCAUCAGCCCUGCUCCUCGACACAGUCCUGCCCACCCUGUGCCCCUCACUGCCCAGCUUCACCCUACCCCUCCACCCCUGCAACACUAUGCUCUAGAUGACAUCGUAGCUCCACACAUCUUGCACCGAGAGCACAGCCAACGUGUGCUGGAGAUCCGUGAGCUCAAGGACAAGCCCAGGCUGCCUGGCACCAAUGGGGGCUACCGAGAAGAGCCGGUGGACCACAGACUGACUGACAGAGAGUGGGCUGAUGAAUGGAGGCAUCUGGAUCAUGUGUUGAACUGUAUUGUGGACAUGGUGGAAAAAACCCGGAGGUCAGUGAGUGUGCUCAGAAGAUGCCAGGAAGCAGAUCGGGAGGAACUGAACUACUGGAGACGCCGUUCAAGCGAGCAGGAAGAGUCGCGCAAAGGAAGCUCCGGCUCGGCUCCGUUUUCCAAGACACACAGCCCCCACACAGCAGAGUCGGACUCUCAGCGUGAAUUUGCACCACGGCCAGGCUCAGCAUACGUUACAGACGAGAUCUGGAGGAAAGCUGAAGAGGCAGUGAAUGAAGUAAAGCGUCAGGCCAUGGAUGAAGUUCAGAAAGCAGUGGCAGAAGCUGAGCAGAAGGCUUUUGAGAUGAUUGCAGCUGAGCGUGCAAAGAUGGAAAAGACUCUGGCUGAGGCAAAGCGGAAGGCUCAAGAAGAUGCCAUCCUGGUCAUCAAUGAACAAGAGGAUUCUAGUGAGUGUUGCUGGAACUGUGGCCGUAAAGCUAGCGAGACGUGCAGCGGCUGCAACGCGGCUCGCUACUGCGGCUCCUUCUGCCAGCACAAAGACUGGGAAAGACAUCACCUGAUCUGCAGCCCUGGACUUCAGGCUCAGCCCAAACCGGUCUCCGCCAUCACUGCGAGCAGAGUAGCUGCUGUCACUGCAGCGGCAGCUGGAAUGUCUCCCGUCGGUCUAGCUGGAGUCAAAGCUCCUGACAGCGUGCCGUCAGUCUCCAGUCCAAAUGGAGAGAAGGCGUCGGUCGCUUCUCGCUCCUCCACUCCAUCCACCCCUGCCUCAGCUUCUGAGACCAACGGACAUUAGCACGAGAGGGAUUUCAGUGGUUAGCACAUCAUCGAUCCUCUUCCCUAACUGGGGGAGAGUUGAAUCAGCGGCAUGAGGAAACUAUUUGUGGGUGAAGUUAGGAUAGCAGAUUUUUUCAUCGUACUCUGGCAGAUAAAAAAAGACAGACUAUGGAAGACUGUUUUGAGUGAUACAUCAACUGGGACUUUGGUUUUGGCAGAGAACAAAGGGACUGGUUCUGUAAGCAUCCAUUGGAUGAACAGAUCUCCAUAACAGAUGGAAACGUGUUUCUUGUCGUCCAAAAAGCCCAAAUCCUGGAUCUGUGAAGGCUGGAAAGAAACUCAUGAUUGAUCUCGGUUUAUCUGUGUCUGCAGAAAGAAAGUUCUGAAAGUAAGGCGAAUAACUCCCGCGCCCACAAACCAGUGUCCCUCCCUCUGUUGUGUGUAACUUUAGGACGUGGAGGUUAGCGUUGUAAACAGUGUAACGUUACCAGCCCUGAAGCAUCUGUCUGUGUUGUGUAGGAAAACUCUGACGGUACCUGGGACCGAUCCUCUGUGUACAGAAAUAUGUGCUCACCAACAUGUCUGAUUUUCAUGUGCGUGAAUGAGUCGAACGUUGUGCUGUCGGUGAUUAUUGUAAAGCAUACGAUUAUUUUUGUUAAAGCAAUAUUAAAAUGAACUGUUCAGGUCUUUCGAGCUGUUUCUGCGUCACCAAAGUUUUCUCUUGCUGUCGUUUCCUGUUUGUGUCUUUGUGAACGAGAGAUUUUAACGUCAUAAACUGUUUUUAAUACGUUUUAACUGGGAAUUUUGCUCGUUAUUUCUGAUCUUCAGCCAUGUUCAAAC